AGCACAGACACGGCAUAUUUUUGCGACUCUCUUUUCUUUUCGUCGCUGUGUCUGAAGCGUGAUGAUUAGAUAAGGCUCCGGUUCAUAGUACGUUCGAGAUGCAGACCUCAUAAGAGACCGGGAUGACCGAGGCCCAGGCGCAGUUAAAGCUGUGUAUGCAGAUUUAGCGGACGAAGUCACUUCUUCUGCGUGAUCUGCUGUUCACGACACCGACGCUCUUGCAUUGUGUAUGUUACCCCGAAUAGUUUCUUUCGCUAGUAGCGAGAAUCGCAUUCGCGACAAUCUGUUCAAAAAUAUACUCGGGAUAGUACGCGAGAAAAAUUGAUUUGUCAUCAGAAAACUAUCUCUUCAAUCUCGUUUCAUUCGUAUCUUCCUAUUCUUUCCUGAAAUAAUCAACCGGUUCAAGAUCUCAAGAGGUAUGAGUCCUGGGUAUAAGGAUUUCUACAAAUCGGCUUGGCCACUUUAUUCGUAAAACCUCUUUCUCUUCGAGGAAGAAGGUUUUUAAAGUGAGAUCGAACAAAAGUGGAAGAUGCCCGCCUGUUCGAGCGAGAAUACCUCAACAUUAUGGUCAACCAGUCCACCGAUGUCGCGAAGCAACAGUGUGUCGCCACCAUUAGCACCAGGCUCACCGGUGUCCACGUCGCCGCCGCGAAUGUCGUCGCCCGUGUCCAUGUUGAAACGUUCAACGUCGCAUAUACACGUUACGACGUCCAACCCGCCGCCGGCUAUCCUCUCCCGGGUGUCAUCGACCUCGAGUUUGCCAACGGUGAUAAUCUCCCAGAGACGACAGCAGCAACGUCAACAGCAGCAGCAGCAGACGAUCCAUCAAGGUCGGAGCAACAUCGAGCGAAAUCGCGGUUUUUUUCUGUCGUGGAUUCUGUCCUGGUACUUUGGUCUGCUGUCGAGCCUAUUUCGGGGUGUCUUCAACGUCAUCGGUUACGUGGUCUGGGCGCCUGCUCUAUGGGCUUCGGCCUGGGUCUACCUGUUCUGGGUGAUUCUGCAACUUCCACUCACCGCACUCAAAUGGUUCAUCACCGUGUUGCACACCCCGGCGUACGAAAGAUCUCGCAAUAAGCGGUGCGUCCUCAUCAGCGGUGGUAGCACGGUGCAAGCGGUUCAUCUGGCGCGGAACUUUUACAAAGCGGGCGCCCGGGUAGUGGUGUGCGAGUUCGACGGUCUGUUUGGCCUGGCCAGAUUCUCCACCGCCUGUUCCAAGUUUUACACGAUACCACGGCCCGGACCUAGAAACGUUGUUCAGUACAUAAAAGCGUUGCGGGACAUAGUUCAACGCGAAAAGGUGGCUUACUACAUACCGGUAAGCGCUGCCAGUACGGCUUACUACGACGCCUUGGCGAAGCCGCAUCUCGAGAUCGCCGGCUGCGAGUGCUUCGUGCCCGACGCCAGCGAGGUGACCGCCCUGGACGAUCCCUUGGAAAUGCUGCGACGUUGUCGCCUACUAGGUCUCCCGAUUCCGCAGCACUUUCUGCUGCGAUCGCAGCAAGACCUGUUCGCGCUUUACGAGCGAAACGCUUUUCACACCGGCAGGUACAUGAUGCUGGCCGCCGGUCCCGCUGGGAUGCGCGACCGAGCCAAGAUUCUGUUACCACCCACCGUCCAAGAGUUGAGGAAUCAGCGACAAAACGAGAUCAGCGACAGGCGACCCUGGGUGGUGAUCCGCGAUCCUGGCGGAGAUCACUUCAUUACCUGCACCACGCUGAAGGAGUCGCGGAUCGUGGCGAACGUGACGUGUCGCGUGGACGAGGAUCGGGGCGGCCUCGUCCCCGAGGAACGUCCGGAGAUCGCGCGGUGGCUUGAACGUUUCUUCGCGCGCUCCUUCGGUGGCAGAACCAACGGCCACGUGAGCUUCCGGCUGGCGGUCUCGGAGGAGACGGGCGAGCUCGUGUCCAUAGGUUGUCGCGUGGGCGUGGGUCUGCCCUACGUCUGCCAUACGGGGAUACAUCCGCGCCUGGUGUGGAAACCCUGCCGGCACUUUUCCAGGCAGAACUCGGCGGUCAGGUCAUCCAGCACCCUGGACAGGCAAUCGCUGUCCGACGCCGUGGCCAGCGCCCUCAAGCAACCGGUGACCGGCGAUCAGACGGCGUCCCAUCUCCUGGGCACAGUGCUCGACAAGAGGGAGUCUCUCUUCGUGUACUGGGAUCCUCUACCAUAUUGCGCCUAUUAUCACCUCCAGUUACCUUUCAGACGCGUCGCCGGAGUCAUCAGGACGCAGCAUAAUCCACCCCUAGCGGUGGUGCAAUAGAGCUUGUUGGAACAAGCACGACAGAAGUUCUUACUAGAGAUUCCCUGUCAAGAUUGCGUCUGAAUCUCUGCAGAUCUUUGAUCGUAUCUCCGAGAAUAAAUGAAUGUGCCAAAGAAGAGAGAUCCGAGGUGUUCCGUACUUACUUUUUUUGUGAGUGAUUGUGCAGAGUGUGAUAUAUUAUUUAUUGAAGAAGCGAUAUCCGUUCUUUUCCAUGCUUGAAACUCAUCGGUAGCAAAGAGCUACAUGUUCCCUUGUUACUUUACACAUCACCCUGUAACAUAAAUGAAUAUGGAUCUUUAAUGAUUAUACACGAUGCAUAUAGAGUAUGAGAAAAAAGGGAGAGAGAGAGCUUAUAUGUUUUUGUGUGUAUGUAUGUGUAUUCAUUUUACUUAUUGAUUAACAAUUGUAAUAAUGUUAUAAUACAAUAAUUAAUAUCUUGCCUAGAGAACGAGAGAGAAAGAAGAGAAGAAUGAUCCACGAGAAUCAAAAAAUACUCGAUAAGACACUCUUUAAAGACUCCUCAAAGAUGGAAAAUCGGUAAUCGCGUUUGCUCCAAGAUUUUAAUGAAACAAGAAAGUUAAAGCGAGUUAAAAAUAAAGAUACAAAGGUCAAGUUCGGCUGUAUCGGUUAAAAAGUCGAUUCCCCGUGUCGUCUUUGCUCGAUUGGGGAAGACGUACGAAGGAACGCGAACACACGCAUACAGAUGACAAAAAAACAUAUGUACAGAUCACGUGCUAUCAAUGCUGAUUGCGUUAAACGAGAGACUUUUGCGCCGCGCAAGAAAAAAAAUUACAAGAUCUCGUAUCGGUACAUUUUUAAUUCCUUACGUUCAGUUACAUUUAAUGACUUUCGUAUCAUUGAUGCAUAUGUAUGUAUCCGAAGUAGUUCAUUCGACAAAAUAGAUAUUUAUUUAUUAUUUUUUUCAUUCUCGAUAAAAGCUUUCAAAUGUUUCUUUUGGAAACUUGGGAUUGAACGUAUUGAAAUAGCGAUAGACUUAACAAGGCGAUCAAGGUUCGCCCUGAAUAAGUUAUUUUCACCAUGUAACUUUCGAUUAUUUUAAUAUAAUAUUAAGCAUCAUCAGUCAUGUUUCGUUAAUAAAUGUUUAAAGCAACAUUCAUGUGUAAUUAAAUCAUAUGCAAUGUAUAUAUUUUUAAUAACCCAAGCAGCAAACUGACGUAAUUUUAAUGUUUAGUGACAUCAUUCGACAUCAAAAUGACAUACGAUUGCUAUCUGGGAUUCCUUUGAAGAAACUAUAAAGUACGUCGUCUCAUAUGAUUCUGCGUGAUGUCAAUUAUAUAGUCUCCGCAAUAAUUUUGCAACUAAUACAUAUGGAUGUUUCUAUUUUUGUUGAUUUAUCGAAUGUAAAAUAGAUCGAUUAUUAAAGUCUUGAUAUAAAGAAAGUUACAAAAAUUAAAAAUAAAAAGUUCGCAUAAACAGCA